UUUGAGAAACGAAACUGACCUGUCUUUUCCUUUGUCUGGGUGAGAAGAACAGUAAAAUGGCUCGACAAGGAGUUUUGCUGGACCACAAUCAGUUCAGUUGUUCAAUCUGUCUGGAUCUACUGAAGGAUCCUGUGGCUACUCCCUGUGGACACAGCUACUGUAUGAGCUGUAUAAAAGACUACUGGGAUCAGGAUGAUCAGAAGGGAGUCUACAGCUGCCCCCAAUGCAGACAGACCUUCACUCCCAGGCCUGUUCUGAGGAAAAACAACAUGCUGGCUGAGGUGGUGGAGAAGCUGAAGAAGACAGAACUCCAAGCUGCUCCUCCGGCUGACAGUUUUGCUGGACCUGGAGAUGUGCUGUGUGACGUCUGCUCUGAGAGGAAGCAGAAAGCCCUCAAGUCCUGUCUGGUGUGUCUGGUCUCUUACUGUGAGGCUCACCUACAGCCUCACUAUGAAUCUCCAGCCUUUAAGAAGCACAAGCUGGUCAAAGCCUCUUCACAACUGCAGGAGAAGAUCUGUUCUCGUCACGAUGAAGUGAUGAAGAUUUUUUGUCGUACUGACCAGCAGUGUAUCUGUUAUCUGUGUUCUAUGGAGGACCAUAAAGGUCACGAUACAAUCUCAACUGCAACAGUAAGAACUGAAAAACAGCGGGAGCUUGGACUGAGUCAACAGGAUAUUCAGAAGAGAGUCCAGCAGAGAGAAAAGGAGCUGAAGGAGCUCCAGCAGGCUGUGGAGUCUCUGACUCGCUCUGCACAAGCAGCAGAGGUGGACAGUGAGAGGAUCUUUACUGAGCUGAUACGCUCCAUUCAGAGAAGACGCUCUGAGGUGAAGGAGCUGAUCAGAGCCCAGCAGAAGGAAGCAGUGAGUCAGGCUGAAGGACUGGUGGAGAGACUGGAGCAGGAGAUAGCUCAGCUGAAGAGGAGAUAUGAUGUGCUGGAGCAGCUCUUACACACAGAAGAUCACAUCCAUUUCCUCCAGGGUUAUCAGUCUCUCUCCAGCCCCAGUGAAUCUUCAGAUUUACCCAGCACCAUCGCCCCUCAUCGUAAGUACUUCUGUGAUGUGAGGGAGGCUGUGUCCAAGCUGAAAGAGAAACUAGAGGACAUCCUUAAAGGGGAGUGGCCAAAGAUCACAACCACCGUGAAUCAAGUGGAUCUUUUACUGCCACCAGAGCCCAAGACCAGAGCAGACUUCUUACAAUAUUCCUGUCAGCUCACACUGGACCCAAACACAGCAUACAAACAUAUCUCUCUGCCUGAGGGGAACAGAACAGUAAAACCUACUUCACAAGUUCAAUCAUAUCCUUAUCAUCUAGAGAGAUUCAAUCACACCGGGCAGGUGCUGUGUGGAAAUGCUCUGUCUGGACGCUGUUACUGGGAGGUGGAGUGGAGUGGAAGGGUUGGUAUAGCAGUCUCAUAUAAAGACAUCAGCAGAACUGAGUCAGGUAGUCCAUCUAAAUUUGGAUACAAUGAUAAAUCCUGGUGUUUAGAGUACUCUGGUAAAUCUUUUUAUUUCAGACACAAUAAUGUUGAGACAGUAACAUCAAGCUUUGGUUCCAGAGUAGGAGUGUACCUGGAUCACAUGGCAGGUACUCUGUCCUUCUACAGCAUCUCUGACACAAUAAUCCUCAUCCACAGAGUCCAGACCACAUUCACUCAGCCACUCUAUCCUGGGUUUGCAUGUUGGUCUUUGCGGUCCACUGCCAAGCUGUGUGAGCUGGAGUAGUUCACAUUAGUGUCCUUCCCUCCUUACAUCUCUGGU